CUGAUAAGUGAUAAGUACUCUCGGGCAACGCCGGUUAGACCGGCGAGAUUAUUUUGAAUGCUGACGGCGAAUGUGGCGGCGAAGUAACUUACCGGGGAAUUUAGAUUCCGAUCAAAGCAUAUCAGAGGAAGAAGAAGAAGAGCACAUCGAUGUUAGUUCGGGAGAAAUUGAUAUGUGGCCAAGUGAGAAUGCCAAGGAAGAGGGGGGAUUACUACUUCAAACAAAGCUCGAAAAACUCAUAGGUUGUGGUGAACAAAACAAUUAUGCUAGGGAAACCGGUUUUGUGUCUCUGGAAGCAACUAUACGGAAGAUAUCAUCCUCUCUUGAGGAUGACGACGUUGAUGUUCCUGAUUCCCCUGAGGAGAGUUAUCUUGCUUCUUCCAGAAGAACAAGAUUGGUAUGCGUAUCUGCUCAGGAAAGUGGGUCAGAUGAUGAGAUUCAACAUGACGACCAACAGGUGGCAACGUGGUCCACUAUAAGUAAAGAAACCAAGUCACUAAUCCAUUUGAAUGGUAACGCUCCAGUCUCAUCAUCCCAUCUAUCUGGAUUCAGGGCCAAGAGAGGUAGUAAAGUUAUUAAAGAUCAUGUGAGGCCAAAAUUUUCGUUUCACUCACAUACUCCUGGAGAAACGUUAUCCAAGAUAAGUGAUAUGGCUGAAGAUUUUGAGCCUGCUGCUGAUGAGGCCAUAGAAGAGGAUCCAAUUGCUGAAUGUCCCAACGAUUUUGAUGAAACAUCAGAAAGCAGACAAGGUAUUUCUGUUGCUGAGUCAAGAGAGGUUCUGCAUGGGUUCACUGAGGUUUUAGACAUUCCUCCACAUAAGAUUAGACUGAUAAAAAGAACCUCUAAACUGCACAACAGACAUGAAAGAAAAUCUCAGAAAUUUUCUCAUAAGGGAACCUCAUCUAACAUUCAAGAUAGUGAUACUGGUGACGAGCUACCUGGACCCAUGGAUUGUGGAUCAUCAAGCGAUGAUGAGCCUAGUUAUCAAACCCCAGUGCCAAACAUUUUCAACCAGAAGAAACAAUUUGUUGGAGACCGGUUUGAUGAAGCAAUAAAAGCUUCCUCUUUGAGCAAGGAAGGUCUUUUGUUCGGUUCACCUAAAUUAUCAGGUGGCUCUAGUCUAUAUGGCAAGCUACAACAGAUAAUGAAACAAGAAAAAGAGACGGAGAUGGAAAUCACGAAGAAAUUGCAGGGGGGAAUUGGACAACCAGAUGCGUCAAGCUAUGUUGAUGUAAAAAUCAUGUCAAGACACUUGGAGGGAAAGCUUGUCGUGUGCAAAUGCUCUGUUAUUGACCUUUUUGGGGACUCACUAUUGCUCAAGAACACACAAGCCCUUGCCGCCAACGAGACAGAAACAAGAGUUCUCUUUAGUACAAAAGUUUGUGCGGAUGUUGAUAUCGAAAUAGGGAACUGUAUCCGACUAUAUGCGCCAUGCUUUUCAAUUUCUCAACAGGAAGGAAUUGGAAGUGAAGAAAAGCAAUGAUGUGGUUAUUUUGUCUUCAUAUUUCUCAAGUUUGUAAUGUCAGUCAAUAUGUUAAAAAAAAAAACUUGCAAAUAAUUGUAUCACAGCGUAUAAAAAAUGAGAACUAAAGCUCUGAUUUGAGAAAUAGCAGAAUCUUGGUAA